AUGCCACGUUGUUCACGCGGCGACGUAACAGGCGGUAACCUUGAGCCGAUGCCAUUUGUUCGAAAAUUUGGCGCAGCUGCAGUAGCGGCUGCAACAGCAGCUGCUGCUGCUACUUCUGAACCAUCAUCUACUGAACCAUCGGCGGCGACCAGUAGCAAGGAUUGCCAAGAUCGUGCAAGAUCGCCUCCGAAAGGACCUCUGGAAGAAAGCAACUCAAAUGCAGAGUUGAAUGCGAAUGCUGGUUUAUCGAAACUAGAAUCUGCCCAAAAAGUCAUUCCAGUUUUGGCACGCCCUGAAUUUGUGGAUAAGCUAAAUAAUAAUGGUGGGACAGAUGGGGCAUCAUCUUCUGCUGAUGGUGGUGAAAUAAGCGGAGAAGCAGAAAAGAAGGUACGCAAAUCACGGUGGAGUACCAAGAAAUCAUUUAUACCGGGUAUGCCAACAAUAUUGCCAUCAAAUUGGACCGACGAUCAACGGAAAGCGUAUUUGCGUGAGUAUUUUUGCCACUUUUCAAUAGUGGAUUUUCCGUUUCUGGAGUGUGUAAGCUGA